AUGUCCGACAGUGAGCAUGUCCCCACUACCCACCAACCAAAACCCCCGUCGAGUACUGAUUCGCUAGCCUUCCACAUUGUCCUAAGGGAUCUCCAUCGUCAUGACAGCUUUGAAACGCGCGAAUUCGACUUGCCCUUGGACUCCACCUACCCCAUCGGCCGGGCCUCCAAGAGCCUAUCCAAACGUGCCCUGAUGCCUGCGCCGCACAAUGCCUUCAUCGACAGCCCCGUCAUCUCGCGCGAGCACGCCGUCUUGUCUGCUAGACUGUACAAUGGCACCCCACAAGUCUACCUUACUGACAGCGGCUCUAUGCACGGCACCAUGCUGAAUGGUCGUAAGCUGCUGCCAAACCAACCCAACAUCCUUGUCUCUGGCGAUAUGUUGCAGUUCGGUGUCGACGUCAACCGUAAUGAGGGUACGUCUCGCCGUGAGCAUCUCCCAUCCUCUCCCGCAGCAAGCACAACCGACUCACUCUUACCCACAGACUAUUUUGUCGCCCGCAAAUAUCGGUUCGAGGCCCGAUUGGCACCUCCCUACUCGCUCGGCUUCGUCGUUCCUGACGCUGAGAGCGAAGAGGAAAAUAUCGAUCCCCGUGAUCAACAUGGCAGCAAGCUGAACCCUCUGAUCCUCGACGACUCCGACGUUGGCUGCGAUGAAAGCGGGGAAGCUCACGAGAAGGAACAGAAAGAAGAAGAAGACAUGACUGUGGUCAACACUGCAGAGCCAGAACCCUCGAAGCUCGGUAGCUUGGACCUUGACGGUGGUCAUGAGCACGUCGGCAUCCACAAUGAAGCCUAUCCCGAACCCGACACACACACAACACCAGUAAUUGAAGAGCAGUCGGAGGAAGAGGAAAGCGUCCAGUACUCCAGUGACAAUGAAGACUGCCAAGGUUUCGAUGCCGCAUCCAAUGAAGACACGGAAAGCGCCGUCAACUCCGAAGGGCAUCAUUCCUCUGAGCCAGAGAUGCCCGAUUCAGAUGAUGACGAUGCGUCGUCGGCUCUUGCAUCCCGGCCACUUCAUCUCGAAUCGGGAGCAGUUUCGACUUACGCGGACUUUCCAUAUGGUGGUGCCACCAUAGGCGAGUCUCGGAAUGCUUUCACACUUGACCAAGACGAGGGAGUGCCCAAAUCAUCGCUUCAUAAUAACCUAUUCGGUCGACCCCCGGACACAUUUGAGAGCGCUGCUUCGACCAUGCCACCUCAACCUACCGUGCUCUGUGGGGAGCCUUCAACCAUGUUCACAAAGAUCGAUCAGCGCGUUAACCGUGACUGGUCAGACUUUGUGCACUUCCAAGGACACUACAUGGGCACAAACUAUGGCGAGCGUCCUUCUUUGUUCAGUCCAGCACCACCUCCACCGCCGCCGCCCUUUAGUGAACAUAUGGAGUUCUACUCAUGCCCCCUAAACUUUGGUGAUGGCACAGAUUCCGCUCAUCAAGCUCUUAGCCUCCAAACACCGCCUCCAAUGCCGGCGUCAGAAGUGAUUGCUUCGACUCCGCAGCCUGUGCGCAGGACCAAGGUUACUAUCGAGGAAAUUGUAGAGGACCAGCCACCGACACCGGAGUCAGUCAACAACAUGAAGCGCAAGGCAGACGUCCUUGAGGAAAGGGAGGAUCAGCAGCAGACAGUGGUGAUAGAAGACUCACCCAUUGUUCCUCAAGAGCCGACUUUGACCGCCAGCCAAGUCGUUGAUGCUCAGGCUGAGCAGACAGCAGCUCUGGUUGCGCAACGUCCCAAGAAGCAGCCCAGAUCGGUCAUCGCCAAAGUGGGCCUCACGGCAAAGUAUCUCGGACUCGGAACGGCUGGCGCUUUUGCUGCCUUUACUGCGCUGUCUACUCUGCCUGAUGCAUUCUUUGUUUCAAGGACGAUGGAAUUAUUUGGUCGGGAUGUGGUGGGUAGUUUCGAUACCACAGAGUCAAAAUCAAACCAACGUCAAAGUCUACUCAACGUCGAAAUCAAAUCAACAUCAAAAUUCUCCAGUCAUGAGCAGGAAAAGAAAGACUACAACGCCGUGGAAGAAGUGUGA